UGCGAGUCUCUUGGCAUAGAACUCUUAGAUGGUUCUUUCUUUAGAGAGUUUCUUCACAUUCAUCUUGUCAUUCUUUCGCGAGUUUCUUCAUCAUCGUCUCAAUCUCUCGCUGCAGGAAUCGAGGGGCUUGGAAUCUCGGACAAAGUCAUCAGUAACAUUGUCAGCGCCCGAGGAGAGCAGCACAGUUACCUCAGCGCUUGGACCAGCUCUAAACACCGACGGAAAGCCACGCGCAAAGCGUGGAUCUGCCACGGACCCGCAAAGUAUCUACGCUCGGCAAAGAAGAGAAAGGAUCAACGAGCGUUUGAGAGCGCUACAAGGACUCGUACCAAACGGAGCGAAGGUUGACAUUGUGACGAUGCUCGAGGAAGCCAUCAACUAUGUCAAGUUUUUGCAGCUGCAAGUAAAGCUGCUCAGCUCGGACGAGUAUUGGAUGUACGCCCCCACAAAUUACAACGGGAUGAAUAUCUCCCUUGGAAUGCACCUCAACAUGCAGUCAUACCUCAAGAUCAAGGAAAACGUUAGCAGCUAGAGACGAGGAGAAACAAAAGAGCAAAAGCUUACACAACUUCGAAGUCAUUCUUUUCCUCCUGUUUUUUUCCCCGGGUUCCGAAGAAACCACGAGAAUACAUUCUUAUUUUUGCUUCCAGGCCACCACCUGGAAGUUUCAUUCAUC